AUGUCGUCCCAGAUCGAGUACAAUCAGAUGCCAAGAGAGCCUGCGCCAGCCGUGCUCUCGGAACACAAGAUUAGCUCUCAGCAACCUAGCCCCAAUCAGCCGAUGACGAUGGAUCAAUCAGCGAACCUGCGAGGUGGCGGCGAUGGCGGAGUAAGUUGA